UCGAAAGAGGAGAAAGCAAACAAUUUUCAGGCCCGCCGCGUCUCGCAAAAAAUAUGAGAAAAAAAUUAUUAAAAAUUCGGAAAAUAGUUGAAAGUCCAGAAAAAUUCAACAGAAAGGAUGUUGAAGCGUCCGGGGCCCUCAAAUACAGGCAGUGCUGAGCACAGAAAACUGGAUAGAUUAGUUGCGUCAGUACUAGUCAAUCGCUCUGCCCCUGUCCAUGUAGCUGGUCUUCUUUAGGGUGCCAUGGCCACGGGAACUCAGGGCCAUCGUGACCACAUCCUGGAGAAAGCGAAGCUUGCACCCCCCUUGUGUAGGCGCAGGAGAGCGGAAGGGAAACCCAAGAAGAAUUUCCCUUGCCAGGAGUGUCAAAAAGCGUUUAAUAGUCUGGAGAAGUUAAAGGUGCACUCCUACUCUCACACAGGAGAAAGACCCUACCGCUGCUCCCACCCUGACUGCUCCAAGGCUUUCGUCUCCAAAUACAAGCUGCUACGGCAUAUGGCAACUCACUCGCCAGAAAAAAACCACAAGUGUCCAUACUGUGAGAAAAUGUUCCACCGCAAGGAUCACUUAAAGAAUCACCUACACACUCACGACCCACACAAGGAGGCCUUCACCUGCCAGGAGUGCGGCAAGAGCUACAACACCAAGCUGGGCUUCAAGCGCCACCUGGCGCUCCACGCCGCCAACAACGGAGACCUCACCUGCCAGGUGUGCCUGCAGAUGUUCCCCAGCACGGGGGUCCUGCUGGAGCACCUCAAAACCCACGCGGGCAAGUCCUCCGGCGGGACCAAAGAGAAGAAGCACCGCUGCGAGCACUGCGAGCGCCGCUUCUACACCCGGAAAGACGUGCGGCGCCACAUGGUGGUGCACACCGGCCGCAAGGACUUCCUCUGCCAGUACUGUGCCCAGCGCUUCGGCCGGAAGGACCACCUGACGCGCCACGUGAAGAAGAGCCACGCCCGCGAGCUCCUGAGGGUCAAGACGGAGCCGGCCGACUCGCUGGAGCCCGCCGUCUACGACCCGGCGUCCGGGAGCCUCAAGGGCCCGCUCCCGGGAAUGCUGACCCACCCCCGGCCGCACCAGCUCAGCGUGUAUCCGGGGCCCCUCCUGGACACGCAGUCCUUCUCCAGCCCGGCUCUCCCCUUCUCCCUGAAGCACCCGCUCGUCCCCAACUUUACCUCGCACGCCAUGUCCUCAACCGAGAGGGAACAGCAUCCAAAGGGAGAACUGGAGACUUAUCUGAUGGAGCUGCAGAACAGCAUGCCGUCUUCGUCCUCGGCGGCCCAAGAGCCUCAGCUCUCCUCGUCUAAACUCGAGCUGGUCCCUCACCCGGGGGGCAUGCUGGAGGAAGCCAGCGAGGACGCGUCCGUCUCCAAAAUGUCCCCGUCGGUGGCAGCCGGCGAUUCCCUCGCCCUAUCUUCCUCUCUCAUGGACUUCUCUCAGCUUUUCAACUUCCUGCCGCUCAACGGGCCUCCCUACAGUCAGUUGGGAGGCGGCGGGGGUCACGGUGUCCCGUUUCCACCCAGCGAGGAGCCCACAGCUCACGUCCAGCUGCCCCCUCAGGUCAACGCCGGUCCCGAGGCUCCGGAGAACCCGCUUCAAGGACUCCCCCCCUCCUUCAUAUCCAACCUGAGCUCCCCCACCACACUGCCCCGCUUCCACCAAGCCUUUCAGUGACUCAGUACGUAUACCCGCAUUCAGUCAUGCACACUAACACAUGCUGAGCCUUCGUUUUUGUUUUUUUAUUUGGAGAGAAUUGCCAGUAACGUCCUGGGAUUAGCAGGUCAGAUCAUUUAGUGCAGGAUAAACAAAUAGUAAUACGGUAAGAGAUGUUUCACGAUCUGUUUUUACAGAAGCCCACCUCCACAUGCAUACUCCAAGUUUCACACAAGAGGUAACCAUGUGAGCGUUCUGAAAGCUGCUAUUGGCCCGUCAAGGCAUCGCCAUGGCAAGUUAGCGAAUGGUCAACGCCACUCUGGCCAACCGAUCCUCUCUUACUGUGUGUUGUCUGACUUAUUUCCCAACCUGUUCUGAGCUGUGCUAAAAUACGAAAUUACUUCAAACACAAACAUGUCACAAUACAUCUUUAUAUUUUUUCCUAAGACAAGGAAGGAAGUAUCCAGCUACAUGCAGUUAACCAGAAUGCACAACUUCCAGUUCUGAUCCAGAGAAACAAUCUCAUUCACCUAAUCGUAGACACGGCUAAACAGUAAUUGUGGGAGCUGUGUGUGUUUUAAAGGUUUUAGACCUUUUUACGUGGAAAAACGAUCAUUGUAAUAAUAUUGCCGUGACAUUUUCCUUUCUUAAAGCUAGACUGUUGUUUACAAUCUGGCCACCUCUUUUUCAGUUUCAAGAUGCGACUUGUUUUAUGUGAAACACCUCGAUGUUGCCCAUGGUUGGAAUUUAGAGGACUGAUAGGGAUUUUGAUAGGGAUCUGCAGAUUUCAUAUGAUUUCUGUCUUUCUACGUCUAUUCAUUAUAAAUAGUUUUCUCAAUCAUGUCGCGGAAUGAAAUAUUUUCUGGCAGCGAUCCAGAAAGCAAUUGAUUUUUACUUAUCUUUGAUUCGCAUUGAUAAAACAUAGAUGAUGGUAGUGAUUAUUGAUAAAUAUCAUCUAGAUCUGCCUGUUUUCUAACAGAACUUCACUCGUAUUGUUGCACUUCCCAGUGUCUGACACAGCAACACAAUCACGUAGCCGAAAGCAAACGUCAACCCUCCAUUCAGUGGCACAACACUGGCAAUGUGUGUGAAUGAA